UUUAAUAUUACAAGUUUUGUUAUAUAUGUACUAAUCCAUUUCAAUUUUAGUUAAUUUUAUUUAACUGUUGUACAUUUUAAAUUGCAAUUGUCAUUGAAGUGUAAUCAAUUAGAUGUUUAAUUUUGAAUUUCCCGCCUUUUUCUCGCGCUAAAUGUAUUUUAAAACAUGCGCAAUGCGCAGCUCCAUUCUGACGAGGUUAAGGUUAAAUGUGCCUUGACGAUUAACCGAAUAUAAUCCGGAGUGAAUCUUGACCGUUUUUUAAGUUAAUCGAGGAAAAAGACAUCAAGAACACACCGAAUUAUAUACAAUUUUAUUGCUAAGAUCAGAAGAGUAAUAUAGGUAAACAUUGUCAAAUCGAACAUGCGGAGAUACAUGUGCUAGAUAACUUCCUUGUUGAACACGCUCUUUGGUUAAAAGAGAGAAAACAUGAUUCAAGGGUGCAGGAGGCUCUGUGUGCUGCCAGCGCAGCAUCUCCUGUCGACGAGAUGCGCCGGUACAUUGUCCAAGGUGGACGCGAGGAAGCGGAGGAAUCAGCUGUUCGAGGAGGAGAAGCGUAGGCAGCGAUCUGAGCUGGGUAGGAUCGAGAAGAUAGAGGUGACGUACAGGUCGGUGGAGGAUGAAGUGGUGAUGGCGAUGAACCGCAACAUCUCGACGCCGUACGACUGCGCGAGGCACAUCUCCGAGAACGUCUCCAAGGCGUCCGCGAUCGCUCUGGUGGACGGUCGCAUCUGGGACAUGCACAGACCUUUCACGCAGGACAGAUGCGAGUUGCAGCUGGUGACUAUGCAGAGUCCGCGGACCGGCGCGGUCAACCACAUCUUCUGGCGAACGUGUUCGCUGAUCCUGGGCGCUGUUGCGGACAGCGCGUUCAAGGAUCACGUGGGUGUGCACCUGCACAGCUUCCCUGCGCCAUCGAUCCGCUCCGGAAGCUUUAUUUAUGAUGUAUUUGUCGACCUGCAAGACUGGAGACCGACAGAUUCCGAGCUGCGAGCUAUGUCUGCGCUCUUUGUCAAGCUGACAAACCGGGAAUUACUGCUGGAGAGGUUGGAAGUGCCACGUGGUGUUGCGUUGGACAUGUUUCAGGAUAAUCCCUUCAAGUCUGAGCAAAUACCUAGCAUCGCCAAGGACAGUGAUAAUGAUAAAGUGACGGUGUACCGUCUGGGGGAUCACGUGGACAUCAGCAAGGGUCCUAUGGUUUGUAACAGCGGCCUGAUAGGACGCGUCACCGUGACAGCCGUGCACAAACUCGAGGAUGGACCUGUGAACGGCCUGUACCGCUUUCAGGGCAUCGCCCUGCCCAAGGGCAUUAUGCUCAAUCAUUUCGCCUAUUCUAUCCUGGAGAAACGCGCCAAGAAACUGAACACCGCUACGUGGCAGCCUCAUCACGCAUCUGAGGACGAGAUGAUCAACAUGACUGCGUCAGUGAACUAAGUGAUGAACUCCGCUUCGUGAUUGAAGAAGAUCCUCGUGUAAAUAAAUGCAUCUCAUUUAUUUUAA